AAUAUGGAUAAAACACUCCAACCUCUUGUUAAAGCUCUUCAGGCGGGGAAAAAGGUAACAUUUUUCCUUGGUGCUGGAAUCAGUACUAGUGCCGGGAUCCCUGACUUUAGAUCUCCUGGAACUGGACUCUAUUCAAACCUUGCUAAGUUCGAUCUACCAUUCCCUGAAGCCGUAUUUGAUAUAGAUUACUUUAGAGAGCAUCCUAGGGCAUUCUAUACCUUGGCCGAGGAACUUUAUCCUGGACAAUUCGAGCCAACUGCGUUCCAUUACUUGGUGAGACUCUUACAAGAUAAAGAUUUACUUCAUCGAGUUUAUACUCAAAACAUAGACACAUUAGAGCGGAUUGCUGGAGUUGAAGACAAAUAUUUGGUGGAAGCACAUGGCUCCUUUGUUAAUAACCAUUGUAUAGAUUGUCAUGAGGAAAUGAGUACUGAAGAUCUUAAAAGUCAUAUGAACGAGAAGAGAAUCCCCAAAUGUACAGAGUGUGAAGGAUAUGUGAAACCAGAUAUUGUAUUCUUUGGUGAAGGAUUACCUCUGAAAUUUUUUGAAACAUGGGAGGAAGAUGAAGAGAAGGUGGAAAUUGCUAUUGUUGCAGGAACUUCACUUCUGGUGUAUCCAUUUGCACUGUUACCUGCUGAAGUAGGGGAUGAUGCUUUGAGGGUUUUGGUUAACAGUGAAGCAGUUGGAGACUUCACUGCGGGUAAGAGGAAAUCUGAUAUCUUGGCCCUAGAAGAUUGUGAUGUAGUUGCAAAGAAAUUGAUCGAGAUUUUAAGUUGGGAAGAAGAGUUUGAAAAAUUGACCAAUGUGAAAAAGACAAAGGUAGAAACUAAGAAAGAUCUUAAGGAGGUAUCUGAAGACAUUUCAAGAGAUAUAUCAGAGGCACUGGUUAAGGAAGAUAAACUGGGUAAAGAAGAAACAAAGGAUGCUACUAAGGAAAAUGACGUUAAUGAUACAGCAGAGAGUUCACUUGAAGAGGCAGUGAAGAAGUUACAUAUCUAG